CUGACUCUCCUCUUCAAUCAAUGCACUCUUGACCUCUCUUAAUUAACUCCUGCUCAAAUGUAAACAUUACGUAACCUAUUAUCCAACAACCCACAUUUCCAUCACGUGACAUUAACAUGAACGAGCAAACUCUCACUUCAAAACAAAACUCUUGCUCGAGUCCAAGUCUUGAUGCGAGCUAUCAACCAGUAGAUUUACCCACAAAAGCACAAAAAUGCUGCCACUAACCCUCCUAAAUAUAUCACAAGGCCAUCCGAUGCUCGUCGAGCUCAAGAGCGGCGAGACAUUGAACGGCCAUCUCGUCAACUGUGAUGCGUGGAUGAAUCUGACUCUGGAAGAAGUUGUCCAGACGAAUGCUGAUGGUACUCGAUUUUUCAGACUACCAGAGUGCUAUGUUCGAGGAAACAACAUCAAAUGCCUGCGCGUCCCAGACGAAGUCCUAGAACUCGCCCGCGAAAAGAACCAGCAACAGCGCGAAGAAUCCCGCCAAAACCGCAACUCCAACCAAAACUACGGCAACCGCGGCGGCAACGGCGGAUACAACAACAACCGGGGCUACAACAAUCACAACGGCAACUCGCAGCGCGGCGGCGGGUAUAACCGCGGCGGCGGCCGCGGCGGUGGGCAGUUUCGCGGGGGCAUGAACAGAGGUGGAAGAGGUGGUUAUUAGUCCGAGGUCACUUAGUUUUUGAUUAUCUCUCAUGUCUUUUCUCGCUACCCUUUUUGUACAAUAUCUUGGCUCUAUUUUUGUUUACUGUGAUUUUUGUGUAAUUCUAGAGCUGUCCUCUUUUACCCAUCUGAUAA